UCUCAUUGACAUUUCAACUCCGCGGCGGAUCCGAAUGUAAUCUGGACACAUAACUUUAUCUUGAUUUGUUCCAGUGACAAUUUGGAGGGUGAAGGAGCGAGUGCUGGUAUCAGCAGGAUAUCGGUCAGAGGUCUGCGCCCUCUACAACCUACAUCAGGGAUAUCCCUUCCGUCUCCGCUGAAGAUCACUGGAAAACUAUUGUUUCCUCUUACUGAAAAACCACCACAAUAAGACUGCCCUGCAUUUGUUCUCUUUCUGUGGCACGGAGAACUAUUUGACAAGGACUUUUGACAGCGGCGCAGGAUGCCUCAAAAAGGGAGACAUUAAGAUUGGCUAAAUUGUUUUAAGCCGAGAGUCAACUAUUUUUCCAGAAUACCACAGCCAAGCCACGUGGGAGUCUGGCGUAGCCUCGAUGAUGCAGAACAAGGUCUAUGACAUCUGUGAUGAAGGUCACAGCGGUGUGAACCAGCUGGGCGGUGUGUUUGUUAACGGUAGACCGCUACCGGACACCACCAGGCAGAAAAUCGUCGAACUUGCUCAUAGUGGCGCGCGGCCGUGCGACAUCUCCAGGAUUCUGCAGACCCAUGAUGACUCAAAAGUCCAAGUGCUGGAAAAUGAAAACGUGUCCAACGGGUGCGUGAGUAAGAUCCUUGGCAGAUACUAUGAGACUGGCUCCAUAAGACCGAGAGCGAUCGGAGGCAGCAAGCCGAGGGUAGCCACUCCAGAGGUGGUGGGGAAGAUAGCGCAGUACAAGAGGGAGUGCCCGUCUAUUUUCGCCUGGGAGAUCCGCGACAGACUGUUGUCGGAGGGGGUCUGCACCAACGACAAUAUACCCAGUGUAAGUGCAGUGAGUGUGUCAUCGAUAAACAGAGUUCUCCGCAACCUGGCUAGCGAGAAGCAACAGAUGGGUGCAGAUGGCAUGUAUGACAAACUGAGAAUGCUCAACGGUCAGACAGGAACUUGGGGGACACGGCCCGGCUGGUACCCCGGAACUUCAGUGCCAGGGCAGCCCAACCAAGAUGGCUGCCAGCCACAGGACGGUGCAGGAGAGAACACCAACUCCAUCAGUUCGAAUGGGGAGGAUUCUGACGAGACGCAGAUGCGACUCCAACUAAAGAGGAAACUACAGAGAAACCGCACGUCGUUCACCCAAGAGCAGAUUGAAGCACUGGAAAAAGAAUUUGAAAGGACUCAUUAUCCCGACGUUUUCGCGAGGGAAAGACUGGCAGCGAAAAUAGAUCUGCCUGAAGCAAGAAUACAGGUGUGGUUCUCAAACAGAAGAGCGAAGUGGAGGCGGGAGGAGAAGCUCCGGAACCAGCGUCGUCAGGCCAGCAACUCCUCCAGUCACAUCCCCAUCAGCAGCAGCUUCAGCACCAGCGUCUAUCAGCCCAUGCCUCAGCCCACCACACCGGUGUCCUUCACAUCUGGGUCUAUGUUGGGCAGACCUGACACGGCCCUCACCAACACGUACAGCGCACUGCCUCCCAUGCCCAGCUUCACCAUGGCCAACAACCUGCCUAUGCAACCCAGCCAGACCUAUUCCUGCAUGCUGCCUACCAGUCCGUCUGUGAAUGGGCGGAGCUACGACACAUAUACGCCCCCUCAUAUGCAGGCACAUAUGAACAGCCAAUCAAUGACCACUUCUGGUACCACCUCAACAGGACUCAUCUCUCCUGGAGUGUCUGUCCCUGUCCAAGUCCCAGGUGGCGAGCCUGACAUGUCUCAGUACUGGUCAAGACUACAAUAGAGAGAAGAGCUACUUCUCCCUGUAACUGUUCACCCACCGCCCUCCGCUGGGAGCUCACACACACAUGGAGAGAAGUGGAGGAGAGAGAGACUCUGGGAGUGCCCUAGGACUACAGGGUGUGGUUGUUUCCACUGGGACCGUGUGUUGUUCUGUAGUCUUGGCACAUGAGGACUGGGGAGAACGAUGGGAAGAGAGGGGGAAGAAGAAGACAAAACGUGGACCUCUGUAAAGUGCCCGGUGUUUAACAUUUUCAUGGAACAAAAAUUUUGUUUUUUUUCUCACUUUUCAAGUAAUUGUUUCUUUUUUUCUGUCUGUCUCUUGUGUUUGUAUAUGGCCGUGUGUAUGUUAUGAUGAAAAACCCAGAUCAAGUACUGAUAGAUGGACUGCUAGAAAACCAUGUUGGUCUUGUGUUUGUUUUUGAGGUAAAGGAGAACCCAAGAGAUUUCUGCCAUGACUAUUUUUAUAUCUGCUUACAUGGAGACUUUCUACCAGACUUUGCACAGUCUGUGGACUCAUGCGAAACUGUUGCAUAUCACCUGAGAGGAGAGCUGUGGGGAAUAGAACCUAUUUAUUGGUCAUACUCCUUCAAAAUGGCCGUCAGCAGAGGAGGACCUCCAGUCAAUCCACCCACCUCAGCCUUGGGUCUUUGACUCCUGCAAUAUCACACAAACUGUAUAGGUCUGGAUAUUUCACUGUGGUCACAGACAACCACAUUAUCACAGGAAUCGUACAGACAACCACCACUAACAGUUUGCAAGGACAGUGGGACAUUCAAGACUUGUUCAUGGACUUCUGCUGUGGUGGAUGGAUUGAUUCUAGGUUCAAGACUUGUUCAUGGACUUCUGCUGUGGUGGAUGGAUUGAUUCUAGGUUCAAGACUUGUUCACAGACUUCUGCUGUGGUGGAUGGAUUGAUUAACGGUCCAAGUGAAGAGCUAUAGAUGCAGAGGAGCUGUGGAGUAAAACAGUUGAAUCGCUAAAUGGUAGACUGUGUCUUCGAUAUAAUCCAAUUUGUUCAUGUCAAACUGUAAGUAUGUCUUCCCUAGAAAUCAAAAGAUUUCUCCAAUAAAAGUACAUUUACAUUUUUAUCCCCCCAAGAAUAUUCUAUAAAUGUUUUCUACACAUUUUCAUGCAUCAUAAAAAUACAUUUCUUUAGGUCAGGUACAAUUAGUCUCUUAGGUAUAGUUGUAUUAUAGUGUCCUAUUGUCAAAUCAUUUUGUGCAACUAGAAAGAUUUAAUUCCUAUAAUUAUGAUUAAACAUGCUUGACAAAGUUUGAAACAUAAGUGUUUGGCAGUUGUUUACAAGUACAUAUCAGAUUUAAUCAUUGUUGAUUGUAAAACAGACCAAAGCCUUUUGUAUUUCAUCUAUUACACAAUGUUUUUUGUUGUUGAAGAUAUUAGUCUUGUGUUGCAUCAUUUUGUAAACAUUUGAUGUUCUAUUACAGUGACCUAGAGUAUGUUUGACUGUGGACUAAUCGAACAGUCCUUAUUUAUAAUUGAAGACCACGGGUGACUGCGGACUAAUCGAACAGUCCUUAUUUAUAAUUGAAGACCACGGGUGACUGCGGACUAAUCGAACAGUCCUUAUUUAUAAUUGAAGACCACGGGUGACUGCGGACUAAUCAAGCAGCCCUUAUUUAUAAUUGAAGACCACGGGUGACUGUGGACUAAUCGAACAGUCCUUAUUUAUAAUUGAAGACCAUGGGUGACUGUGGACUAAUCGAACAGUCCUUAUUUAUAAUUGAAGACCACGGGUGACUGUGGACUAAUCGAACAGUCCUUAUUUAUAAUUGAAGACCAUGGGUGACUGUGGACUAAUCGAACAGUCCUUAUUUAUAAUUGAAGACCAUGGGUGACUGCGGACUAAUCGAACAGUCCUUAUUUAUAAUUGAAGACCACGGGUGACUGCGGACUAAUCGAACAGUCCUUAUUUAUAAUUGAAGACCACGGGUGACUGCGGACUAAUCGAACAGUCCUUAUUUAUAAUUGAAGACCACGGGUUACUGCGGACUAAUCGAACAGUCCUUAUUUAUAAUUGAAGACCAUGGGUGACUGUGGACUAAUCGAGCAGUCCUUAUUUGUAAUUGAAGACCAUGGGUGACUGUGGACUAAUCGAACAGUCCUUAUUUAUAAUUGAAGACCAUGGGUGACUGCGGACUAAUCGAGCAGUCCUUAUUUAUAAUUGAAGACCAUGGGUGACUGCGGACUAAUCGAGCAGUCCUUAUUUAUAAUUGAAGACCAUGGGUGACUGUGGACUAAUCGAACAGUCCUUAUUUAUAAUUGAAGACCAUGGGUGACUGCGGACUAAUCGAGCAGUCCUUAUUUAUAAUUGAAGACCAUGGGUGACUGCGGACUAAUCGAGCAGUCCUUAUUUAUAAUUGAAGACCAUGGGUGACUGUGGACUAAUCGAGCAGUCCUUAUUUAUAAUUAAUAAUAAUUGAAGACCACGGGUGACUGCGGACUAAUCGAACAGUCCUUAUUUAUAAUUGAAGACCACUGGUUACUGCGGACUAAUCGAACAGUCCUUAUUUAUAAUUGAAGACCAUGGGUGACUGUGGACUAAUCGAGCAGUCCUUAUUUGUAAUUGAAGACCAUGGGUGACUGUGGACUAAUCGAACAGUCCUUAUUUAUAAUUGAAGACCAUGGGUGACUGUGGACUAAUCGAGCAGUCCUUAUUUAUAGUUGAAGACCAUGGGUGACUGUGGACUAAUCGAACAGUCCUUAUUUAUAAUUGAAGACCAUGGGUGACUGUGGACUAAUUGAACAGUCCUUAUUUAUAAUUGAAGACCACGGGUGACUGUGGACUAAUCGAGCAGUCCUUAUUUAUAAUUGAAGAUCAUGGGUGACUGCGGACUAAUCGAGCAGUCCUUAUUUAUAAUUGAAGACCAUGGGUGACUGCGGACUAAUCGAACAGUCCUUAUUUAUAAUUGAAGACCAUGGGUGACUGUGGACUAAUCGAGCAGUCCUUAUUUAUAAUUGAAGACGUGUGGCGUUUUCUAGCGUCGUCUGUCAUGCUUUUUUGAGUUCUGCGUUGUUUUUCAAAUAUGUGUACAUAGAACGUGGACACGUAUACAGGGUCUGAGAAAUGCUUUUGAGAUGAAACGUUUAAACUGUCUCUUAAAUAUUUAAAUUUAAUUUGAUUUAAAAUGGAGCUUUCUAAAUGUAUUUUGUGAAAACUAUAAAAAACACAAUUUUGUACAGUAAAUAUAGUGAAAGCUU